AUGAGGACUACAUUACGAGCCGCGAUAGCCCUCGCGCUAGUUGCGACAGUGCUGCUGGUGAAGAUUCAUCUGGAUUCGCUUUCGCAAUGGCAAGAUAGUGGUGAUCGCAGGACUUCCGCUCGCGAUUCGUAUGUCCUGGAAGAUGGCGACGCAUACAUCGAGCUGGUCUCGGCGGAACCGACUACUACGACAAAGAACCCGACCCGGAGGAAAUGGAUUCCCACAGCUCGACCGACGCCCCGUCCAAUGUCCGCCAGUGCGCAAACGAAGCGCAUUCCCGUUGAUGUCCCCGACGCCGAAUGGUCGUGGGGAGACCCGUGGUACGACAAACUAUCCAAUUCGCAAAAGCUGCAUGCGCAACAGCUCGGGCCCAUACAACAGCUCAAACAAGGCAACGAACAUAAGAAUCCGCCUUCGUCAAGCGCGCCGCCCCGUCCAAAGAUCACUCCGAAAUCGGAUCGCACAAUCAUCUUGGGCAAAAUGUCUUACGAAGACACCAAUUGGCUUGAGGAUGAGCUGCCUGAGUGGCAGCAUGCAGUAUACACAGUCGAUGACCCGGACGCACUACUCACAGUCGGACAAAACAAGGGCAAAGAAAGCAACAUCUACCUCCAGUACAUUUUGGACAACUACUACAAGCUACCUGAGUACAUGGUAUUCCUGCACGCGCACCAAUACAGCACACACGUCGAAUUCUGGGAACAGGACAACGUCCUAACCGUCCAAAGACUACAACUCGACUACCUCCGCAAAACAGGCUAUCUGAAUCUCCGCUGCGACUGGAGUCCCGGCUGUCCAGAUGAAGUCCAACCAUUCCGACAAAUGGCAGGACGCACAACCGAGCUUGCCUUUGCAGGUGCUUGGAUCCGCAUUUUCAACAACACUGAUAUUCCCGAGAUGGUUGCGACACCGUGCUGUGCCCAAUUCGCCGUGACUAAGGAGCAAGUCCUCAAGCGUCCGCGCAGUGACUAUGAGUCGUAUCAUCAUUGGCUGAUGACGACUGAGUUGGACGACGAGACGAGUGGUCGUGUCUUCGAAUACCUGUGGCAUAUCAUUUUCGGGCAGGAUCCCGUGUUUUGCCCUGCUAAGGCCACUUGCUAUCGCAAUGUAUACGACAUGGACUACGAGGAGCCACCAGAGGAUCUGUGGGAUGAUGACUUCUGGGGCAAUUGGGUCGAUUUGCCUAAUGAU